GUAAAAAACUGUCUACAAGAUCAUCGAAUAACAACUACAAAUAAACGAGCAGAAGAAGCAUUUCAAGCAUUACAAUGUAUCCUACAUGAAUUACAAUCAAAAAAGCUAUCCAGAAAAUUAGAAAAACGUGCAAAACGUGAAUACAAAAUUGUACAAAGUAUUCGACAUCUUUUACGUGACCGAUCAAAUAUUGUCAUACGUCGUACAGAUAAAAGCAAAGUAUUCUAUAUUGGUAAAGCAACUGAUUUUGCACGCAAACUUGAAGAAUAUAUGUUAAAAACAGAAGCUUAUCAAGAAAUUACAAGUAGUCAUUGUCCACUAUCAGAUAUGUUAUAUGCUGUACAAACAUUACUCUCUAGUCUUCUAGCACAGAAAGCUCUCAGCUUCCAACAAUAUAGUAAAAUAUCUCCAAAAUUAAACAAAUUGGAACUUGGUCAUUAUCAUGUCCUACCGAAACCACAUAGUAAAGAUAGUUUAGAUCAAUAUAGACAUAAUUUAUAA